AUGGCUAGCUCGGCUGGCGAGCGCCUCAUCGACGACCACACCGAGGCAGAGGAGGCGUAUGCAGAGGCGGUCGAGGCAUCGGUGGUCGGCCUCGCCCAGUUCCUUGCUCAGUAUCCGCUGUCAGUGGUCAAGGUGCUGGUGCAGCUCGCACCGCAGAGCAAGGAUGGUGGAGGCGGGCUGAUGCUCGCCGCCCAGCACACGGCAGAGUUGAUGAAGCAUCUGUGGGCGGUCGGUGGCCUCGCUGGUCUCUGGCACGGCCUCAGUGUCUCGCUCGGCUACGUCAUGGUGUACAUCAAUGCCAAUCAGGCCGUCCUUGCCGGUCUCAACACUCUCUUUCCCACCGAUGCCGCCUGGGUCCUUGCCCACUCACGCCGCGCCUUUCUGCUGAAGGACGCGCUGCUCUCGAGCGUCUCGGGCCUCGUGGCCACCCUCAUCGCCAAGCCGCUCCAGGUCGUCCGCACCCGCAUGCUUGCAGCACUGCUGCCGCAAGCCCUCCCGCUGGCACUCUCGCCGGCCGCCUCCGCCGCCGCCAGCUCGGGUGUCGCUGCCGCCGCCGCCGCCACCUUUGUCCGCCGCCAGUCUCUGGCCGCGCUGGCUGCCGCCAGCCGGAUCUCUGCCUCUACGGCUGCCGCCGCAAUUGCCGCUGACACCGGCUCAUGGCCAUGUCUUGGGGCGUGGGCGACUGCCGGGACGAUCGUGGCCGAGGCGGGCGCGUCGGGCCUAUUCGCCGGACUCCUGCCGUCGCUGGCGGGCGUCCUUGCCCAACAGUUUGCCUAUGUUGUGGCGCUUGAUGCCCUCGACUCGGCAUGGUCGUUUCUGGCGCCGUACUUUCGGUCGGCGCAGUGGAACGAGCUGUCUGCGCUCGAGCAGGAGACCGUGGUGGCCGGUGAGCGCUCGGCCAUGGUGCGACUUGUCCACACCAUCGGCCUUGUCGCCAUGUACCCUUUCGAGGUCAUCGCCCGGCGGCAGGCGCUCACAUAUUCAUCACGCUCGCUCAUUGCCUCUCCCGAGCUCCGCAAGCGCGACACCCUCGCUACCGCCUGGGCAACCGACGGCUUUUCGCUCCUCCACGGCUUUGUCUUUUCGCAGAUGGCCGGCUGGUACUGA